AUGGCAACCAACGCGCGCAUUCUAGGGUUCAACUCUCCCUCUGCUCUCGUCGCUGCGGGUGACGACUUUCUCCUAGGAGCGGGGGGUGGCAUCGUUAUCCGACGCAAGGAAGAGUCGUCCCAGUGGAUCCCUUGUGAAGGCCGCUACGCGAUCGGUGCGCUGGCGUUUUCACCCUCUGCAGGUUUGCUGUGCGUAACUGAGGUGAAGCUGGAUGUGUCGCUGCACGUUUUCCGAUUUCCAGAACGUCACCACCUGCAGUGUAUUGAUAAUGUUGCGACCGUGGAUGUGCAGCACAUGUUAUUCUCGAGUGAUGGAGAAAUGUUAGCCCUUCUAACAUGUAUACCAACAACUUGUGUUACUUUUUAUUCAGCCGCUCGCGGCAACAGAUUGGUGAAAUGUGCCUCGACCGAGCUAGGCGGUGUCUUCUGCAAGCACUUAACGUUUCCGUUGCAUCGGCAUGACUGUAUAGCCGUUUUGGAACCACACGGUGUUCGAAUUGCGUGCAACAUGGAUUCGGCCACAUUUGUACCAAGUAUUCUCACAUUGAGUUCGAAGGGACACUAUUUUCACUCUUGCGUAUGGGGCACUGAGGGUCUGUACUGCGGUGCUGGUAGGGGGCAGGUAGUUCUCUUGGACGAGCUGAGAACAGAUAUGAAGAAUUAUAUAAACUGCGAAACACCUCACAAUGUUACUGCUCUACUGCAAAACGGGACUCUUUUAUUCAUUGGAACGGAGUGUGGUGAUGUGUUUACUUACAAUAUUGAUCAGAAGGCACAACGGCUGCUUGUGAGAUUAGGUCGUUCGGUAGUUCGUUUACUGACGUUACCAGACGUAAAUGAUGUUUUAGUUGCAACCAGUACCGAUGUAACAAAAAUUUCUGUGGACACCGCGCAGUCUGUUUUUGUUCGACGCCGGAGCGCCUCCGACACUGUGAAGCUUCUGGUGUUGGGAGGUCUCGUCGUGAUAGUGUGUUUAGAUGGGAGUCUCGUUACUUAUGAUCAGGACACGAAUACAGCAGGGCACACCCCUGUCAGAUUUCCCGAGAAAGUUGUAGAUGCGUGCGUCGUGGGCUCCGUAGCGGUAGUCGUAUAUGACAGCGGGUUCGUCCGUUCCUUCACAGUGGAAAAUACCGUUAGUGUUGUUUCCCAGAUGAAGGUAAGUGACUGUCCCUUGACCGCUUGCACAUCUGACGGAGUUUCACUCUUAGCUGUAUGUGACAAAAAUGUAGUCCAUUUCAUUGAGGUGGCAGAUGGACUUCUUGAAACCGCAGCCUCCUCGGAUAUAUUCGCUUGUGCCGUGACUAACUUGCGAUGGGCAGUGAAUGGUGGGCGAUCGGUGCUGGCAGCAUGUAACAAUGGCGAGGUGCACAACUUACGCUUCACUGGGAAGUGUGAUUCCGCGUCAGCUGGCGUGACUGUUGAUAUGACUUGGCGCUUGGACUUCCCGGUUAACGACUUUCUGCCUCUCUACGGUGACGGCGAUGUGAUCAACAUCUUCGUCCACUCGGUGGACAAAGACACCAAGAUGUACGCCCUGGAGCGGCAGCGAGUAAAGGAGAGUAAGCCCCUGAGGCCUUACUUCCUUAUGCGUGAUCAUGAAUGCGGUGGCAAUGUGCUGCAGCGUCUUGGAGGGGAUAGCAUCAUUUCCGCAGGAGGAGAUGGCAGAGUAGUUGUAAGGGAUAUCUCACACUACUUGAUGAAAUUACCUCCUGUGCCACCGACGAAAGAAAAGAAACACCCACUUAAGGAAUUUUUGUUACGACCAUUUGGUAGGGGCGGUAUUACGUGCCUCUCGGUGUGGAAUGCUGCCGGAGGGUUUGUCUGUGGAGGAAACGAUAGUGUUGUUCAUUUAGUUCCCGUUGGGAAAUCACCUAUCCACUAUUCAUGGAGUGAACCCUUCUGGCACCAAAGAGCUAUCUCAACAUCACCGAGUCGUGCAAGUUCUCCAAGUGAUGCUGAAACACUUUCAGCAGAACGGUCGCGCUGCCGUAUAAUAUCGGCUCUGGCCGACCUGAGGAUGGAAGUAGAGAAGCUGCUCCAGGAAAGGACCCCAACUGUGCGCGCAGAAGACUUCCUUUUGCCUGAACAACGACAAGCGUUUAACGAGGAAUGUGAGAUGGAGAUCCACAAGGCAAGGGAGGAUGACUACUACAGCCUGGUUCACAAUGAGUUCGUGCAACACACGAUCAAAACUGAAUGUUGGGACGUCAUGGAGGUGCAACGCUCGAAAAUCGUGAGCAUGACAGAUCCCGAAACGGAAGUUCACAACUUCCAUCUGCGAAAACCUUGUGCCCAACGAGCAAAAAUACAGAAAAAAAUCAAACUGAUGAGGGCUAUACAGAUAAAGACUGAGGAGUGCUUUACGUUGUCAUCACUAGUUAAAAGGGCUAAGGAGGGGAACUUAUGCACGGAGCAGCAGGUUUGCGGGCCCCCCAGUGAUGUAGACGAAUUGCUUUAUGACACUUUGGACGUCUACACCGGCCCUCGCGCGACCAUACAGUUGAUUUUGCUAGAAUGUAAAAUUCUUCACGAAAAAAAGUCAUUCAACAUCCGGUUUGACACCUUGCGGGAGCGCAAGAGCCGAGAGCUGAAUCUCAUUGCGGAAAGGAACGGACGUUGCGUUCGCAUCAUGCAGCAGCUGGGAGAGCACACGUGUCCACCAAAUGUUUUAUUCACUCCUGUUUUUGAUAUAGAGGAAGACCCCCAAACUGUCUUUGAGGUUUUUGACUCUGAGAUUGACCCUGAACUCCUCAAACUAGCCGUCAAAAGUGACGAUGGGGAGCUUGUAGUUUCCCCUUCCGAUGAAGCUGCUUUAAAGACCUGGAUGGAUGGCCUCGAGAAAGUCACCGAGGUUCUUCGCGUCAACGUGCCGAUUCCCCCAUUCGCUGACAACUCACUCGAGCAAUAUGUACCGCCUGAAGAGCGGAGUGAUGAGCAACAGAGAAUAUUUGAGGAGUAUGAAAAAGAGGUUGCAGAACAAACUGUGUUGAUCAAUGAGAAGAAAGAGUUACUGCGAGGGGAAGUUGCAGCAUUGGUGAAAGCUAACAUGACUUCUGCGAAAGCAAUAGAUGAUGAGAUUGACGUGCUAAGAACUGACCGUAUGCUAGUCGCUCAACUCGUGGACGAGCUGGAGCUACACCAGGUGAAUGCGCUGUGUCUGUUUCUACUCAAGAAAACGAUCCGCAAUAAGUUUCUGGGUGUCAAGCGAGAGGAGGAGGACCUUCUGUGCCGGUUGAGGCAAUUGGAUAGUCUUUACGAGUACCGCCUGAAAUUGUAUUUGGCCUCGGAGGCGAGGGUGCAGGACUGCAUUGAAGAAGAAAAGAACAUGAUUACGGACAUGCGCUGUUUGCCCCCAUUCACAGAUCCGGAUUGGGGAGAGAGACUGAACAGGCGCUUCACGACUUGGCGUUCCAAGUACGAGGAUGGCCUAGCUAAGGUCCCGGAACCCACUCGCUCGGGUGUGGUUCCUAUUCCACUAUGGGAACAGUACUGCCAGUGCUGUAGGGCAGUCGUGGAGGCAAGGGAUAAAAUAAUUCACCUUAGAGGCGAAGCAGACGCACUCAAUGAUGAAGUGGUGGAGGUUGAGACGGAAAAAAAGAAGGCACAGUUUGCACUUGACGACAAGGAAAAGGCCGAGGAGGCAUGUAGAAAAGAAGUCAUAGAGAAGGUACUCGACAUACAAAACUUAUACACGCUGCAGCAAGGACAGGUGCAGGAUGAGAACGCUAUGGUGAGCGAUGAUUUCACCGACUUCUCCAUUCGAUGGGUGAAGAACAUUACAGAUUACAACGACCUUAUCUUCGCUAGCUUUGACGAAAUACGAUCCCUUAUGAGUCGUUCAUCACAACUUCGGCAGUCUAUGAAAACAUGCUCUUGGGAAACAGAACGUCUGUUAUACUGCAUUGGAACGCUAGAAAUGGAAUUACGGCAGUUGCACACAUUAAGAGUGACUCGGCAGAUGCAGGAGACCAUCCAUACCGGCGCUGUAACGUCUCUCGAAAGGGAAAUAAACAAGAUGGAUGCACGAAUCGAGGCUGUUCGAAGUGUCAUGUCAAAGAAGGUUGAGGAGCGUAACCGGGUCAUAUCAAAGCUAAAAAUGCAAAUUAACGACAGACGCGCGGAGAACCAGUACCUGAACAACCAAGUCCAAGCUCUGACAAACAGCGUUGAGGAUAAGAAAGCUGUAUGGGGUAUGCUUGGGGAACACAACAAUGAUAAAGAUCGUCUCCGUGAGAGGAUGAGGGAACUAUACGAGAAUAGUGAACUUGAGGAGUUGGCUCGCUGCCAGCAAGAGGAACUUGUUCGCCUUAAAAACGAGGUAGAUCGCUUGCGUGAGGCCACAUUUCCCUCAUUUGCUGUUGUUACGAGGAGGACCGCCAGAUGA